AUGGCUCUCGAUUCGGCCUUUGCUGAUUUGGCGGAGCGCCUCAAAGGAAUAAAUCUGGAUUCCGAAGCGACCGCGUUGAUGCUGAAUAGCUUUCUCAAGGAGCGACAAGCAGAGCGGGAGCGGGAGGAGCGACGAGCAGAGCGGGAGCGGGAGCGGGAGGAGCGAAACGCAGUGCUCGAGUGCCUCGUGCAAGAUUUUGCGCCUCCUCAAGGCUAUAACCUCGUGAAGCAUCUAGCAAGCAUGUCGGUCGACGACGUUUCCUUUUUGUACACUCUCUGCAAGAAAAACCGUCUUACUUGCGACCAGCUUGAAAACUAUGUGCACAUUCCUGAACACAAGUGGACCCCGAAGGGAGCCUCGUUGCCCACGAACGUGGAGGCCAAAGUGCCCAAGCUGCCACCCUCAGGAACCCGGAAUAUCAGCGACAUCAACGACAACGUCAGAGAAAAAUUCCAUUUUGGCAUUGUGCAACUCCCUCCGAGCUGUCAUUACCUGGCUCUUGAGAUUGUCCAGCGAGCUCAAGAGCUUUUGUCUGCCAAUCUGCCUCAAGAAGGCAUUCAUACGAAUUUGCUCUGCGCGUACACAAACGCAUGCCUGACUAACGAAGUGAAGAGCCAUGAGCCACACUUCUCGUCACUGAUUACGCUGGCUUUGCAGGACCACUUCAUUGCCCCUGCCCUUGCUGCGACUUCGGCCCAGGUUGCUGUCUCCUGCCCAUCUGAGACGGAGCCGUUGGCUGACACAACCGCAUCCACCCUCGCCACCAAGCAGGCGUCAGUGAGAAACCCCAUUUACUUGGUACACCAGGCAUCUCUUGGCUCAGCCAACAUGCACGCUGACUGGGUGGGGUUUGACGUCCUGCUGCGACCCGUCAUCGUGGGCGAGUGCAAAAUGAGCGCCCAGCACUUUGACGAAUUUGGUGGCCAAGUGGCCAACGAGGUUGUGCGCCUUGGCCUCUUGGGACCGAAAUACCAAAUGCGAAAGGACAGGCAGCACCCACUUCACCCCUUCAUCAACAUUAAUGUGUGUGGUGACAUUGUGACCGCUUAUCUGGUCCUGCACUUGACCAGCAAUUAUCGAAAGCGGUCAUCGAUUUCCGCUUUCUCCGAGCCCUUUCCCUGCCCGGCUCGGGGCAUGGCCGGAUGGACCUGCAAGGAAACGUACGGGCCCAAUGUGCAGCAGUACGUGCAUGACAGUGCGGGCUCGUGGGUCAUCAAGCACUACGACUAUUGGGGCCGCCAAGCCGAGUCUUUGGGUACAACAAUGUACCAGAUUGGCGAUGACACUGCCCGCCUCCCACCAUCACGCGAUCUGCUCCGUGCGCUUGCCGAGUUGCCAGAGACGGGCAAGUUUUACCAGGCGUGGGUGUUGGAGGACCUUGCGACGAGCUUGGUGCUUCUCCGGUACCCACGAGUACAGACGGCCCCGUGCGGCCUUCAGGUGCCGAUGCAGCUGAUCGAUGUCAUGAAGCAGAUGCAAGUGUUGCACAAACUUGACUUGGUGCACGGCGACAUUUUGCAGCGCAACAUUCUCUUUUGCAACAGCUGGCAGCCGGAGGAUUGGAUGUUUCAGCCGCCCAGCUGGGAAAAGAAGGAGAAAGAGGAGGAGGAGGAGGAGGAGGAGAGCCAGCACAGCCCCGAGGCUCAGUCCGGCAAUGUGACGCCAUGUCAAAGCCGUCAGCCCUCGCACGACGAGCUUUCACUGAAAGACCUCGUCGUGGAAGCGGUCGCAGAGGAAGAGACUGUGCAAACGCAGCAAAGGCCGAAGCCGAUGGCUUUCCUGAUUGAUUUCGACCUGGGUGGGCCCUGUGAUGAAGCAACGUAUGGACCUGGUUACAACUACCAAGGCGGCCUUGAAAAGUACCGCCACGCCAAUGCCAGGCCCGGCGAGCGUUUACAAAAGGAGCACGACACCUAUUCUUUGGCACGUGUGGCCGAAGAUUUGCUCGAGGACAACGACGCCCGUAAACGGCUGGUCAGGGCGUUGGAGGCGGUCAAGUUGGACGAGGCGAUUAAGUUGUGCAGAGCCUGCACUGGGCGUUCGGGGCGUGGCUGA